AAAGUCAUGCUUUUUUGGCAUUCUGGUGUCAGUCACUUGUCACUGCUGUCCGCUUUGGCGAGUACCUGCAGGAGCUGCCUGGAACAUCAACAACAACGCCAACCCCGGUGCAGAGUGUGAGAGGUACGUGCAGCUGAAGGAGCUAAUGACUGACCAGAAGCAGGAGACCUACUGGCAGGAGACGGGCCGAUGGACGGGCUACGAGGAGAGCUUCGACCCUCAGGCCGGGGUGUGGGCGUCCUCGCACAUCUCCUACCUCACCUUCAAGAGCCUCAUCCAGCUCCGACGCACCAUGACCACAGGUGUGACGAUUUUUGACUGUGAGGAGCGGACCCUGGCCACCAUCACUGAGAAGAUGGUCACCGAGAUGGUUAACAAGAAGGAGAUCAGGCCUGGAGACCGGGAGGGAGUGCUGAAGGCUUUGCUUAAAAACCGCAGCCAAUCAGAUGACCCAGAAAGCCAAGCUCUGGCUGGUGGGAUGGACCUGCAGAGGUUCUCAGUCGGGGAAAGGAGGGAUGCAUCUGACCGCGUUGAGGUCUCCAUGGUGCUAGUAGGAGCCUUGGAUUUUCUUGAGAAGCCUACAGUUGUGUUUGUGCGUCUGAAGGAGGCAGUGGUGCUGGACUCGGCCUUGGAGGCCCCGGUGCCUGUACGCUUCAUCUUUGUUCUGGUUGGCCCCAGCAAGACUGACAUGGACUACCACGAGACUGGCCGUGCUAUGGCGGCACUAAUGGCUGACAGAGUGUUCAACCAGACAGCAUCGCAGGCAAAGAGUGCCCGAGAGCUGACAGACACCAUGGCUGACUUCAUGGACUGCAGCAUCGUCAUCCCACCCACCGAGAUCCAGAGCGAAGCUAUGCUCAGCUCCAUCAUCAGCUUUCAGAAGAAACUCCUGCAGGACAGGUUCCAGUCCUCUGAUCCUGCCCUGCGCUUGGAAUCCAAACCUCGUAGGGUUUCCAUAGCUACCGGGCCCCCUCCUGAAGACCCCCUGGUCCGUACGGGUCGACCAUUUGGCGGGAUGAUUCGAGACAUAAAGAGACGCUACCAGUACUACAAGAGUGACAUCACAGAUGCUCUCAACGCCCAGGUCCUUGCUGCCGUCAUCUUCAUCUACUUUGCCGCCCUGUCUCCUGCCAUCACCUUUGGAGGGCUGCUGGCUGAUAAGGUGGACAAUAUGAUGGGCGUCCCAGAGCUCCUCAUCUCCACCAGCAUCCAGGGGAUCAUCUUCUGCUUUGUUGCUGCUCAGCCUGUCCUGGUCAUUGGUUUCUCCGGUCCUCUGUUAGUGUUUGAAGAAGCUUUCUUUGCUUUCUGCAGGUCCCAGGAAAUUGAGUAUAUUGUCGGGAGAGUGUGGGUUGGAGUGUGGCUAGUCAUCAUUGUGGUGAUCAUUGUGGCCUUUGAGGGCAGCUUCCUGGUGCGCUUCAUCUCACGCUUCACCCAGGAAAUCUUCUCCAUUCUCAUCUCCCUCAUCUUCAUCUAUGAAACCUUUGCCAAACUGGGGAGGAUCUUUAAAUCACAUCCUCUGAUUCUGAAUUACGAUCAUCUGAAUGAAACUCUGGAAAAUCCCUGGCACCCAAAGGUGGUCGAGACCAUCAUCUAUGACAAUGCUACCGGCAAUACAACUGUUCUUGUCAACACUAUUAAGCCACCUUACCCCAACACUGCCCUGCUCUCCAUGUGCCUCAUGUUCGGCUGUUUCUUUAUCGCCUUUUUCCUGCGGCAGUUCAAGAACGGGACAUUUCUUCCUGGAAAGGUGCGACGUUUGAUUGGUGACUUCGGUGUCCCUAUCGCCAUUUUCCUCAUGAUUGUCGUGGACUACAGCAUUGAAGAUACCUACACUCAGAAACUCGUGGUUCCCAAAGGUCUGAUGGUAUCCAACCCAGCCAAAAGAGGCUGGCUUAUCAACCCUUUCGGGGAGCACAAGCCUUUCCCUGUGUGGUUGAUGUUUGCAUGCUGUGUCCCAGCCUUGCUCGUCUUCAUUCUCAUCUUUCUGGAGUCUCAGAUCACAACUCUGAUUGUGAGUAAACCUGAGAGGAAGAUGGUCAAGGGCUCUGGGUUCCACUUUGACUUGCUGGUUUUAGUUGGCAUGGGAGGGCUCAGUGCAAUAUUUGGUGUGCCGUGGCUCAGUGCUGCCACCGUGCGGUCUGUCACCCACGCCAAUGCCCUCACUGUCAUGAGCAAAGGACCGAAACCUGUGAUCGAGAAAGUGAUGGAGCAGAGGAUCAGUGGCAUUCUGGUGGCUUUGCUGGUCGGUCUGUCUAUUCUAAUGGAGCCAAUCCUAAAGAUGAUCCCCAUGUCGGCCUUGUUUGGGAUCUUCCUCUACAUGGGAGUCACGUCACUAAAUGGCAUCCAGCUGUGGGAUCGUAUACUGCUUCUGCUCAUCCCUAAGAAAUACCACCCUGAUGAACCCUACGCCACCAGAGUGAGCACAGGGCGAAUGCACUUGUUCACGGCCAUUCAGGUAGUGUGCCUUGCGCUUCUCUGGAUUGUGAAGUCCAGCCCAGUAUCCCUCGCACUGCCCUUCAUACUCAUCCUCACUAUCCCUCUACGCAUGUUUAUGACCGGGCGUCUCUUCACUGAACUGGAAAUUAAAUGUUUGGACGCAGACGAUGCUAAAGUGACAUUUGAGGAGGAGCCAGGGAAGGAUGUAUACUGUGAAUCUCAAAUGCCAUUGUAGAUGUCUUCCGUGACUGCUGCCAUAAAUCUUUUACUUUAACAAAAACAUAUUUAUUUUAUAUAUUGCUCAGAUUAAUGUUUCAUCUAUGAGCACAGACAUGUUUUGUUUUAUUUUUUUUAAUGAAAAAUGCAGCUAUAGAUUCAAUCUUUGUAGCGACAAAAUGGGUAACAUUAAUAUCCUGUACGAAAAGUGUCUUGGUAAAACAUUCCUGAAGCGUUACAGGUUACAGGUUACAGGUAGAUUCUUUGCAUUAUGUUGUGUUGUUUUUAAAAGAUUGUGCCUUAUAUACUACUGAAGCUGGAAAUAUUCAUUUAACAUCGACAUGUUUUUACAAAAAAUAAGUGCAUAAAGGCAUGAGGCAAGGCACUUACAAAUGAAAACUUCAAUCAUGCCAGCACUCCAAAAAUGGACCGACUGAAUGCUGGGUGAAAGGUAUUGAAGUGUUAAAAGCCAAAAUAGUAUGUUUUUCCAGGCAAUCUCACACUGAAUGUAUUGUUGUAACAAAUAACUUAUUAUUGUAUUCACUUGCUUGAGGUGAGUAAAAUCCAAAUGAAUGAAUGAAUGAAUUAAAUAAUACCUGAUUUAAAAGGCAAUGAUGCAAGCAAAGUGUAUUUAGCAGGAGUGAUCAAACUGGUGCCGCUGGCGAGCUAAAGGACAAUAUGGCAAUACAUGGAGAGAGAAAAUGUUAAAUUUUUGUGUGUUGUUAAAAUUUAUGUUGUGUGUAAGGUUGCCAUUUUCUUGUCAUCUCUCUCUAUAUAAUAAAAACUACCUCCCAAUA